AAUCCAAUCCAAUCCAAUCCAACCAUUUCAUUAUCUCUUUUUGAAAACUAACUACCAUUACACACCACUCUUAGCUACUCUAUUUCCAUUUCCUCCAUGGAAGAUCAAACCCAAGAGCUCGGACUCUCCCAAGAAGGUCCCACAUGGACCCAACUCUUAGGAUCCCACAAUUGGGAUUCUCUCCUCGACCCACUUAACGACCAACUCCGCCGUCUAAUCCUCCGUUGCGGCGACUUCUGUCAAGUAACCUACGAUACCUUCAUCAACGAUCAAAAUUCUUCUUACUGCGGUGCUUCCCGUUACUCCAAGUCUAACCUUCUUGAGAAAACGGCGUUUCCUGGUGGUUACGAUAACUACGACGUCGUUGGGUAUUUGUAUGCUACUGCACGUGUGAGUGUUCCUGAGACGUUUUUGUUGAAGUCUUUGUCACGUGAGAAGUGGGAUAGGGAGUCUAAUUGGAUUGGAUACGUCGUCGUUUCGAAGGAUGAAGAGAGUAGGAAAUUGGGGAGAAGAGAGAUUUAUGUGGCGUGGAGAGGGACUAUUAGGGAUUAUGAAUGGGUUAAUGUUCUUGGUGCUCAACUUGCUUCUGCUCAAACUUUGCUGCGUACCGUUCCGCAAGAGCACUUGACUUCUCAACCCCGCUUCUUUCAACGCAUUGCAAACCUAUUUUGCUCGUCUUUAGCAUGUCCCUGCCUUCUUAAAAAAGACAAAAAUGAGAAUGAAGACAAUGACAUCAAGAAUGAAGAUGAAAAUGAGUUACCCAAAAUCAUGACAGGUUGGCUAACAAUAUACACAUCUGAAGAUCCAAAAUCCCCUUUUACAAAACUUAGUGCAAGAACACAACUUUUAACUAUGCUCAAAAAACUAAUUGAUCAAUACAAGGGUGAAACCCUUAGCAUUACAUUUGCGGGUCAUAGUUUAGGAGCAACACUAGCCAUUGUAAGUGCAUUUGAUGUUGCUGAAAAUCUAACAACAAAGAUUCCAAUUUCAUGUAUUGUUUUUGGAUGUCCUAAAGUUGGUAACCAAACUUUUAAGACGAGAUUUGAUUCGUACCCUAAUCUUAAGGUGCUGCAUGUGAAAAACGUGAUUGAUUUGAUUCCUCUAUACCCUUUUAAGCUUUUGGGGUACGAAAAUAUAGGUACUGAACUCGAGAUUGAUACCAGAAAAUCGCAAUUUCUUAAGGAGUCGAAAAAUCCUAGUGAUUGGCAUAACUUACAGGCUAUAUUGCAUGUUGUGAAUGGUUGGCACGGGUCGAAAAAAGAGUUUAAGCUUGUGAAUAAGAGAAGUGUUGCUUUGGUUAAUAAAUCUUGUGAUUUCCUUAAGGAGGAAUGUUUGGUACCUCCAUCUUGGUGGGUUGAAAAGAACAAAGGAAUGAUAUUGAAUAAGGAAGGGGAUUGGGUUUUGGCUAGUCCUGAAGAAGAGCCAACUCCUGAAUUUGAUUAGUUAGCAAGUACUACCUGCUUGUUUUAAAGUGAGUCUUUUGUAUAUGUAACAAUUUUUGUUGUAUGGUUGUAUGUUUUGUAUGGUAAAUAAAUUAUGUUUAUAUGUUUUCUUUUUAUGUCAAUAAUAAUAAUAAUAAUAAUAAUAAUAAUUGUGUGGCAA